AUGUCAGAGAUUCAAGCUCGCGCAGCAGGAGCAUCAGUGCAACCGCCACUGUCCCAGGCUGUUGGAUAUGUUAUAGUCGUGGUGCUAGGGCUCAUUAUCGCCGGUGCUGACAAAGCAGUGAUGAUGGUCAUCACCAAGAUCCUUAAGAAAACAACGGGCGAGGAUAACAAGAAGACUGAGAUGUUCAUGACUGCCAAUCGCACCGUUCGGACCGGCUUGACAGCAUCUGCAGUAAUUUCGUCCUGGUUGUGGACAACAGCAAUGCUAGGAGCAUCGUUUGUAGGGUAUGAUUAUGGCGUGGCUGGUCCCUUCUGGUUCGCCGCAGGCUGCAGUCCCAUGAUCGUCUUUUUCGCCUUGAUCGGGAUAUCCUACAAGAGAAAGAUUCCAGAUGCACACACAUCGCUCGAAGUGGUUCGGAUCCGAUAUGGUCGCAUUGCACACGCGGUCUUUAUGACCCUGUGCUUGAUAAACAACAUAUUUGCCUGCGCUAACAUGCUUUUGGGCGCUGCUGCUGUUAUCUCCGCCAUAACUGGGAUGCAUAUCAUUGCUGCGACAUUUUUACUGCCAGUUGGUGUUACUGUGUACACCUUCGUAGGCGGCAUUAAAGCCACAUUCCUUACGGACUACUUCCACACGGCGAUCAUUCUUAUCAUCGCAUGCUAUCUCUCGGUCAAAGCAUUCACUUUCGAAGAGGUUGGCUCAAUUGGUAAAUUAUAUGAGCUCGUCCAAGCUGCUGCACAGCGCCACCCUGUGUCAGGAAAUCAAGAUGGGACGUACCUGACCAUGACUUCGAAGGGUGCUAUCCUGUUCGGGAUACUUCAUAUUUGCUCCAACUUCGGCCUAGUGAUCAUGGACACCAGCUACUUCAUCAAAGCUUUUUCCGCUGCUCCCUCCUCAGUAGUACCUGGAUACACCAUCGGUGGGAUUGCCUACUUUGCCAUUCCCUGGGCUCUAGGAACCAUUAUGAGCUCCCUUGCCUUAGGUCUUGAAAACACAGCGUCCUUCCCGACAUAUCCCCGCCGCAUGACCUCCACAGAAGUGAGCAACGGCCUUGUCCUUCCAUACGCGGCCAUGACCAUUGCAGGAAAAGGCGGGGCAGCUGCAGUUCUCCUUAUUACCUUCAUGGCAGUAACUUCGACCCUCUCCGCGCAAGUCAUCGCCGUCAGCUCUAUCCUAAGCUUCGACGUGUACCGAGAAUACAUUAAUAGGGCGGCAUCAGACAGGGACAUCAUCCGUGCCAGUCACUUCGGUGUCAUUUUCUUUGCUGCGUUUUCUGCUGGGUUCAGCACUAUGCUCCAUUACGUUGGUAUUGACCUGGGCUGGACACUAUAUAUGCUCGGUGUGGUAACCUGUCCUGGAAUCUUUCCCAUGGCCUUCACAAUCCUCUGGCGUCGACAGAGCAGAGCAGCCGCCAUCCUGUCCCCAAUUCUGGGAAUGGCGACCGGCAUCGGCGUAUGGUUGGGUACAGCACAGCACUUCUACGGUGCCGUGUCUGUCAGCUCAACGGGGCAAAUACUACCUUGCGUAUAUGGAACUGUAGCGUCUGCUUUCUCGCCGAUAGUGUACUCCGUCCUGAUUACCCUAGUCAAACCGCAGAGGUAUGACUGGGCGGAGUUCCGCAAGGAGAAGCUGGGACUCGAGCGACUGGAUAGUGAUAGCGAUAUCACGGUGAAUGGUCAAGGUAGUGAAGAGCAGCAAAAUCGGACCUCGUUUGAUCCCCAGGAGCUGAAGAGAUGGGGGCGCAUUGCUGCGUUUUGGUCCAUUGCGACUUUCCUGGGCCAUUGGGUGUUGUGGCCAUUGCCGAUGUACGGAUCAAAAUAUGUUUUUGGAAAGGGAUUCUUCACUGCUUGGGUUAUUGUGGGGAUUAUCUGGUUGUGGAUUACCAUGCUCGUGGCGAUAUUCUAUCCCCUUCUCGAUGGGGGAAUGCAGCAGAUGUUGCAAAUAUCGCGGGCACUGCGGGGAAGGAGAGAGGCAGUCACAUCCACAUCACUACCAUCAGUGAAUAAUGAUUCUCCCGAGGUCUUCAGAGUGAAUGAGAAGUCUUGA